AUCAUCAACAAACAACAAGCAAUCCAAUAACUUGAAUCUUUUCAUACAUCUUCAGAAGAUUUUAAAGAAUUUAAUAUUCGAAACAAAAACAAUAGAUAUGGCUUUUGUGAGAAGUCUAUUGGGAGCAAAGAAGAUUCUAAGCCGCUCCACCACAGCAGCCUCGGCGGCACCAAAAGGGUUUCUUGCAGUGUACGUAGGUGAGAGCCAAAAGAAGAGAUAUCUGGUGCCAAUCUCAUAUUUAAACCAGCCUUCAUUUCAAGCUCUUCUCAGUAAAUCCGAGGAAGAGUUUGGAUUCGAUCAUCCAAUGGGUGGCUUAACGAUCCCCUGUCCUGAAGAUACAUUCAUCAAUGUGACUUCUCGGUUCCAACGAUGAUGAGCCAACAUUUUUCUUCCUAGUUAGAAAUAGACUUAUUCAUUGUAAAUACAUGAGCUUUUUUCUCUUUCUUCUUGAAAGAGUUGUUCUAAAAGUUUAGAGAGUAAAUGCCAUCUUUAUGC